AUGGCGGGAUCGAGAGGGGUAGCCUUCACCCAGAUUAAUCUGCAUCACAGCAAAGGGGCCUCGGCUGUUUUGGCCAGGCAACAAGCUGGGAGACAAACAUGCAUAUCACUGAUGCAAGAACCCUGGGUAAUCCGAGGUUGCAUCAGGGGUUUGGCGGCCUGCGGUAGGAUGUUUAGGGCCCCAUCAGUGGACCGGCCCAGGGCCUGCGUGGCCGUCAAGGGUAUGGAAGCCCAGCUGAUAUUUCACCUGUGUUCCAGGGACGUUGCGGCUGUAGAAGUGAAUUUCACUGAUGACUCCGGUGACAGAAAGAAAAUGGUUAUUUGCUCGGCCUACUUCUCUCAUGACGAGGGGGAGGCGGUGCCGCCUGCAUUGGUGAUAAAACUGGCAGAAUACUGCCAGGAGAAACGGCUUCCCUUGAUCAUGGGAUCAUCUACGGAUCUGGAGAUCCUCAACACAGGAGACGAGCCCACCUUCUGCACUAUAGCGAGAAGAGAAGUGCUCGACAUCACUGUCUGUUCCAGGCAGUUGAUACAGGAGGUAGUGGAGUGGAGGGUCUCGACGGAGCCCUCGCUCUCUGACCAUAGGCAGAUCACCUUCAGGAUAGCUAAGGCUAGGGGGAAGAAGGUCAAAUUCAGGAAUCCGAGGAAAACCAAGUGGGACUCCUAUAGGGAAGACCUGGCCAACAGUCUCAAAGGCUUCCCUAAGAGGCACGGGACAGAGGACAAACUGGAGACCUGUGUGGACUACUUGCAGAGGUCUCUGGUAAACUGCUACAAAAGUAACUGCCCCGAAAGGGCGGUUACAAAUAGUAGAGGAACUUCCUGGUGGACCCCUGGAUUGCAGGGUCUCAGAGUGGCGGCUCGUAGGGCCUGGAACAGAGCCAGGAACACGGGCCGCCAAUCCGACUAG